UCAGCCACCUGCCCAUGAGCUCGGACAGCAGCCACUUCCAGCUCUGGACACUGGGUUUCUUCACCGAGCGCCAUUUGGCCAGACGCCUCAAGAGCAACAGCUUCUAUCCCUUCACGCAACAGCAGCCUGGGGUCUUUGUGCUGGAGUACUACCAGGACACGCUGUGGAAGGGGGCGUUGCUCUUCGUGGUCUGCAUCGUGCUGGUCAGCCUGGACUUCAUCCGGCAGGUGCGCAAGCAGGAGACCUGGGGCUUUCCUGCGUACGGCGUGGGCGUGGGCCUCUGGCUCCUCGUCUCGUCGCUGCCGCGGCGCCGCCUGGUGCUGAACCACCCGCGUGGCAUAUACCACUUCUCCAUCCGCGGCCGUACCGUCUGCCAGGGCCCCAUGCACUUGGUCUACGUGCGCCUGGCGCUCAGCUCGGACGCCUACGGGAGGUGCUUCUUCAGGCUGGUUCUCAGCGGCCACAAGCUGGAGCCACUGGUGCUGGUGCAGCUGUCGGAGCGCUACGAGCAAAUCGAGUACCUGGGCCGCCACGUCGCUCAGAAACUCAACAUUAACUACUUCGACUACCUGGCCACGUCCUACCGGCACGUGGUCCGCCACCGGCCGCUGGAGGGUGCCUUGGGCCCGGGCAUAGCGCAGCGCAAGGUCCGCCUCCACGACCCGCUGGACACCAAAGGGCGAGCAUAG